UUCUAUUUGCCAAACUGACACACAUGAAUAGCUCCCUGCUGUUGUUUUAAAUUGUUUCAAAGUGCUUAGAGCAAAUUGGCAUGAGUCGCCCUUGCGAAGAAGAUGGGUCUGCGGUGAUAUGGUAUAGACUCUAGUGCAAAGGCGCAUUCGGCGCUCCUCUCUGAUUUAUUUAUUUUAUUUUUUGCAAGGCUCUGUACAGAGACGCCUAUCUCGUUUACAGACAGACUCCACGUUGACGGUUCCAAACGUUACAUCAUCACAGCGCUCGGUAGUAUGUAAAAAGAGCAAGGCAUUGUCGAUACAUUUUAGUGGAAAAAACCGCUGCAGACUGGAGCCUGCCGGUUACCUAGGUAACAGCAGAGGCAGUACGAGACCAGAGCAGCACUGAAACUGUCAGAUGGCCUGGAGAGGUUGUGUCCUGCGCCGGCAGCUCAGAGAUGUCUACCAAACUGUUGCCCCGGUUACGGUUAGCACGGCUACCAUCAGCCGAAUUAAAGAAUCUCAGAGGCGGUUCCUCCAUGUGGGAGAGCGGGCCUCUCUCACCAAGGCCUUCAGUGCCAGGGACGUGGCCACUUUUGCUGAGCUGACAGGGGACAUGAACCCCAUCCACCUGGACCCUGCCUACGCCAAGACCACAUCCUUCGAGAGCCCCAUCGUGCACGGGGUGCUGAUUAACGGGCUGAUCUCUGCGGUGCUGGGCACGGAGAUGCCAGGCAGUGGCUGCAUAUUCCUGUAUCAGGAGAUCCACUUCCCGGCCCCCCUCUACGUGGGAGAGGAGGUGCUGGCUGAAGCGGAGGUGAAGAAGAUUAAGAUGUCCUUCGCUCUCAUUUCUGUCUCUUGUUCGGUGAAGGACAAAGUAGUGAUGAAAGGAGAGGUGAUGGUGAUGGUGCCAGAAAAGAAAAAAGGAUGAGUCCAAGACCGAGUCCGAGACUGAGUCCGAGUCUGAGAGUCUGAGACUAAGACUGCCACUCCUCUUUUUGUUGAGUUCUGUAGGUGUUUGUUUAGUGUGUUAAGGGCAAAAUCAACAAACCUUUGCUUUAAAAUACUGUAACCUCCCCUCCUCCAUGUAAAUCUAAAAUGCUUUGAAUAUUUGUAAUGAUUAUCUAGGCUUAAUAAAUCUUCUGUCCCCAGUACA